CAUCAUUUUCAGCCCCCGCCAAAGCCUUAAACCCCAACGCCAUUUCUGCUUCACUUUCCCCAAAUUCACCAUAAACCCUAAAUGAAGCUUUUUAUCUCUAUCAUAAGAAAUUCUUCAAAUUCAUCCGCUCACAGAAAUGUGUUAAACCGUUUCUAUGUUCCAACGUCAAGUAAACAUCUGUAUAGAUCACCCAAUGGAGACUCACUGUACAGAAGAAUUUCACCUUUAGGGGACCCAAAUGAGUCGAUAGUACCCGUACUUGAUCAAUGGAUCAAUGAAGGGAAACAUGUGGUUAAAGAAGACCUUCAGAAUAUGAUUAAAGAAUUAAGAGGCUACAGAAGAUACAAACAUGCCCUUGAGGUAUCUUAUUGGAUGACUGACAAAAGAUUUUUCAGCCCCCAACCUGCUGAUAUUGCAGCACGAAUUCAUCUGUUGUUUAAAGUUAAAGGUCUAGAAGAAGUUGAGAAGUACUUAAAUAGCAUCCCACAACAGCUGAAAGGCUUUCAUGUUUAUUCAGCUCUUCUAAACUGCUAUACCAGUGAAAAGUGUGUUCAGAAAGCUGAGGAAAUCAUGCAGAAAGUAAGAGAUAUGGGGCUUGCUAGAACACCAUUGUGCUACAAUUUUAUGAUGAAAAUGUAUUAUCAAACAGGAAGUUGGGAAAAAAUCGACAACAUGAUGAAUGAAAUGGAGGGGAAGGGUAUAAUAUUUGACCAGUUCACUCUCAUGAUCCGGUUAAGUGCAUAUGCUGUUGCUGGAGAUUCUGAUGGAAUAGAUAAAAUAGUAACGAUGAUGGAAUCUGAUCAACGGAUCACAUUGGAUUGGAACACUUAUAGUAUCGCUUCAGAGAUGUAUCUUAAAGUUGGGCAAGUGGAAAAAGCUUUGGGAAUGCUAACUAAACUGGAGGGCAUGCUUGCCCCUGUCAAGAAAAAUAACGUUGCAUUUGAUUUAUUACUGAGACAGUAUGCAAAAGCUGGAAAGAAGCAAGAGGUUCGCCGAGUUUGGGAUCUGUACAAGCAGAAUCAGCCAAUUUAUAAUAAGGGUUACAUUAGCAUGAUGAGCUCAUUAAUGAAAUUUGACGACAUAGAAGGAGCUGAACAAAUAUUUGAGGAAUGGGAAUCGAGGGGGUUAUCCUAUGACUUCCGUGUUCCAAAUAUUUUGAUUGGCGCUUAUUGUAGAAAUGGUCUUCUACAGAAGGCUAAGGCCCUUAUUGACAGAGGAUCAUCAAAAGGAGGUGUUCCUUCAGUCGCCACAUGGUGUCAUUUGGCAAGUGGGUAUAUCCAUGAAGAUCAGGUCUCAAAAGCCGUAGAAGCAUUGAGCAAGGCAGUCUCAAUCUGCCCGCCUAAAUUUAAACCUAGCAGGGAGACGUUACGUACCUGUGUAGAAUAUUGGGAAAAUGGGGGAAAUGUGGAGAAGGCUGAGGAGUUUGUGAGGUCUUUAGAAGUGGAGGGUGUUUUUUCAGCAGUUUUUUGUGACAAGUUGCGGUGCUUUAUCAACAAAGGAAAACUCUAAUUUAACCAGUAUCUAGGGUAGGAACAAUUGAAGUCCAGGACAAUGGGAUGUGAGGUAUGACUAUGUUGUGGCUGUGUACUAUAAACUGAAGGUUAUUAGGACGCUCAAGAGCAAAGUAGUUAACUGAGUACACAGGUUCUGCUUUCACCUUACAAGCAGGAGCAAUUCCAGAGUCUUAUAUUGGAUGAACAUAGCUUUUAUUUGUGUCCCGAAUUGAAAAUAAUGACGUUUAUCUCAAUGAAACUUAUUAGCUUCUAAUGAUCCUAGGCUGCAUAUUCAUUCGUGAUUACUAGCAUACCUUACCCAAGAUUAGUCGUCAAUACUGUUAUUCAGCUCGGCACAUGUUGUGUCAAUGAGCUCUUAAGGUGGGUAUUGACUUGUUUAUUCAGCUCUGACAGAUAGUCAAUCCCUACAUCUUAAUGAGAUUGUAUAUCCUGUUAAAGCGCAACAUUUGACAGAAUGUGUCUCUUCCUUUUUUUGGUACC